CAGGUUCAGCGGCAACCCCCCCUCUGAUCGACCUCAGAGCAUCUUGUACGGCCCGUCGUUCCUAACCCGGCUGUAGGUUCAACAUGAGUGCCGGGCCUGAGUCUCCGACAAGCUCCCUCAGUCGUGAACCAAUCGAGCAAAGGUUACAUUGACAUGAGCGAACCAUGGGGGGACGAUCCUGGCCGAGAACACCUCGGAUGGGGAGCUUAUAACCAUUGGCCUCGCCCGUCCCAGGAUUUCCCAGGAUGCAACACCAUAUCCUUCGGCAUAUAAGGUGUCAACUGUUCUAUAACUGUGCAAUUGGGUCCAAUUGAGGCCAAGUUGAUCAUGUCGUCCGAAAAGAAAGUCGGCGGGGACGAUAUCCACCAUGCCGAGAUCUCCGAUGCCGGGCUUGACCACUUCAAGAAUGUCGACCUCCACGACAAGGUCCUGGCGAACGGCGCCCUCGAGGCAACCACCCAGGAGCACAACCUCGGCGUCCUCCAGGCCUUCAAGACCUACAAGCGCGCCGCUUUUUGGUCCAUCAUGAUCUCGACCACGGUUAUCAUGGAGGGCUACGAUGUUACCCUGAUUGGCUCUUUCUACGGAUACCCGACCUUCAAACAGAAAUAUGGAACGUACCUAGAGUCGACGGGCGACAAGCAGAUCUCGGCCGAGUGGCAGCAAAAGUUCAACUGUCUCGGUGCCUUGGCCAACAUCAUUGGCGCCAUGUUGAACGGAUGGGCCACGGCGAAAUGGGGCCACCGAAAGGUGCUUAUGGUCAGUCUCUUCUGGCUGGCUUCGUUCAUCUUUGUGGUUUUCUUCGCUCCAACGAUCGAGGUCAUGCUGGUCGGUCAGUUCCUCUGCAACAUUCCCUGGGGCGUCUUCGCAACGACUGGCCCGGCCUAUGCUGCUGAAGUGACUCCCCUGGCCAUCCGAGGAUACCUGACUGCCUACAUCAACCUUUGCUGGUGCAUCGGACAGUUCAUCUCGGCCGGUGUACUCAAGGGUCUAGUCAAUAACGAUACCGAGUGGAGCUACAGGGUCCCAUUCGCGGUCCAGUGGAUUUGGCCUAUCCCCCUCUUCAUUGCAGCAUGGAUGGCGCCCGAAUCGCCGUGGUUCCUCGUCCGCACGAACCAACUCGACGCCGCCAAGAAGUCUCUCCAGCGACUGUCAGAGCCCGAGCACCAAGUCGAUUUCGACGGAACGAUUGCCAUGAUGGUCCAUACCAACAAGCUCGAGAUUGAGGAACGCGCGGGUGUCAACUACUGGGAUGCGUUCCGAGGCACCAACCGCCGUCGCACAGAGAUUGCCUGCAUGGGCUUCAUGUCUCAGAUCACAAACGGUGGAGCUCUCUGCUACAGCGGAUCUUUCUUCUUCCAGCAGACCGGCAUCGGUGCGAGCGCUUCAUAUGGCAUCGCUCUGGGCGGUACUGGAAUUGCCUUCCUCGGCGUCAUCGUCUCGUGGUUCUACAUUUCCCGAUGGGGUCGCCGCACCAUCUGGUUGACAGGCUUCAGUUCGCUCGUGCUCAUCUUGUGGACCAUCGGUUUCCUGGCUCUGCCAAAGCAGACAAAUGCCCUCGCCUGGGCACAGUCUCUGCUUUGUGUGGUCUGGCUGGGCGCGUACUCCAUGUCUGUCGGACCCAUCAUUUACACCAUUGUUGCUGAGAUUGGUUCAACACGACUCCGAACGCAAACAGUCGUGCUGGCACGUAGCUUUUACUAUGUUGGAAACAUCAUUUGCGGUGGCCUCCUCCAGCCCAAGCUCAUCUCUCCAGGUGCUUGGAAUGCAAAGGGAAAGACUGCAUUCUUCUGGGCCGGUCUUGCUACGCUGACCCUGAUCUGGGGCUACUUCCGCAUGUUUGAGACCAAGGACCGAACCUUUGGUGAGCUGGACUACAUGUUCCAGAAGGGCGUGAGCGCUCGAGAGUCGGCUGGGUAUAAGAUUAAUGAGGAAGAGAUCUACGCCGCAGAGGAACGAGACACCAAGUUGGAGAAGUGAAUUUUGCUCCAUACCCUUGAUAUCUCAGCGAAGAUGCAGGCAAAUUGAGAUGAUAAUAUUCGUGGAGAGUGCUUUUUGGGUCCUAUUCUCCUAUGGUGAAUGUGAAUGUGAAUGUUCUAUGCAGCCGACUUUAUCCACCCUGCACAGGUAUGCAUAAUUCAAUGAGCCGCGUCAGCUGGAGGUUGGAGAUGGUCAUUGGAACUGGUAGGGCAAGCCACGGUGGAGGGAGGCGUCGGUUGGUCCAGGGGUCACAGGGAUUGAGGAGGCCGAGGGCUGCGUUCUGAGGAGCCUCAUGUGCAGCCAAGACGGCGAUCACCAAUUCAAUCGUUCUAGCUGAUGAGAAGGGUCGAAGCUGGGGUUUGAGACGGAUACCCCUAUUAAACGAAGGCAUCAAUCCCGUCCACCGCUAAUUGCU